AUGCCGGAAGAUGAAGAAGAUCUCACUCUGACACAAGAGCUUCUCAUCCACCGCAAUGCUCAAGAGGCAAGCGUGAUUCUCAACUCUUUGAACCCGAAGGAAUUCAACAAGAUCGAACUUCUUGAAGGGAAGCUUGGGAGGUUCAUGAUGGAGGAUGACGAAACACCUCAAGAGAUGUAUGACCAGAUGAUGGUUAUUGUAAACAAGUUCCGUGGCCUUAGAAGUGAAGAUAUGACGGAUCAUGUGGUGGUGAAGCGCUUGCUCCGGGCCAUCUCACCAAGGAACCCUAUCUUGGUGACUUUGAUCUGUGAGUCAAACGGUUUCAAGAGAAUGACUCCAAGUGACGUGCUCUCAAGGAUCAUCUCGCAUGAACUCUUGGAGGAAGAAGCCAAGGAAGUCAAAAAGUACGCCACAAAUGCCGUCCAAGCCAAGGACAAGGAGGUUGCAUUCAAGGCAAAGAAGACUAGCCUCAAGCUUCAAGAAAAGAGAUCAAGUGGCUCGGACACGGAUUGCCCCAAGCUCGCUAAGAACAAGGAGGGCAAGGGCAAGACCAAGUACUUCAAGAGAAGGCUCGGGAGAGCUCGCAUUGGUGAAGAGUGGUUCUCAAGCGACAAUGAGAGCGACAAAGAAGAGAAGCCCAAGUCAAGCGACUCCAAAAGCAAAGGCGUCGCUACCGUGGCUAUAUCUUCAUCAAGCAUGGAGCGACUCUUCUCCAACUUGAGCGACGACGACAACGAUCAUAUACCGUUGUGCCUCAUGGCGCAAGGGCGCAAGCCCGCUCUCAUUCAUAUUGCUAAACUCAUGAAAGUUCUAGAAGAGAAGGAAUGCUCUCUUGAGAGGCAAGAGGAUCUCCUUAUUCAAGAGAGGAUGGAAAAUGACUCUCUUGAAAAGGUCCUUGCCGAAAAAGAUGAGAAGUUGAUUGAGUUGUCUAAGGAACUCAUGCUAGCAAAUCAAACCGUAACCAAUCUUAAGGAUGUCAAUGAAAUUCUUGAGAAAACCAUUUUGUCCAUGAAUGUGAGGCAAAAUGGUCUUGAAAAUGAAAUUGACAAUCUUAAGCGCAACCUCUCCAACUCUAAAGACAACACAAUAGUCAAUACCAUACUUGAAUGUGAGAAAUGCAAAACUAUUGACUUAAGUGUUGUUGAGACUAACGAUGCAGCUCUCGAGGAGUUGAAGAAGGAGAAUGAGAGGUUGGAGACAUUGGUAAAGUUCGGAUGCAUUCGAACUUAUCAAUCCAAAGAAGCCCUCUUCAAGACCAUCACCACACAUCACAAUAAGGAUAAGCGUGGUCUUGGAUAUUCCCCCAACAUAAAUACUAGCUCAAAAAGGGUCAUGAUCAAUGGUAAAUCAUGCCUAGUGUUUGUGAAGGAAGGGGAGUCCAAGGUUGAAGAGGAAGGUAAAAUGAGCACUGAGGCAUACUCCUCCGGUGGUUCAAGUUGGGUGAUCGAUAGCGGAUGCACUAAUCAUAUGACUGGAGAAAGGAAUAUGUUUACUUUACUCGACAAGGACAGCAGAGAUUGCGACGACAUAAUCUUCGGAGAUGAUAGCAAAGGAAAGGGAAUCAAGCACGAGUUCUCCGCUCCCUAUGAUCCCCCUCAAAAUAGGAUUGUGGAGAGGAAGAACCGAACACUCAUUGAGAUGGCCCGGACAAUGCUUGAUGAAUACAAGACACCGGAUGUCUUUUGGGCCAAAGCCGUCAACACCGCUUGCCACUCCCUCAACCGUUUAUACCUCCACAAGCUUCUCAAGAAAACUGCAUAUGAACUUCUAAUCAGUAAAAAGCCAAACGUAUCCUACUUUCGUGUCUUUGGUUGCAAAUGCUUCAUUCUUAGCAAAAGACCUAGAUCUUCUAAGUUUCCUUCCAAAGUAGAUGAAGGGUUCUUAUUAGGAUACGAAGCAAACGCACGUGCCUACCGAGUCUUCAACAAAACCAUCGAUAUUGUUGAGGUCUCAAGGGAUGUGAAGUGA